AUGGCUUGUUUAAGAAAUAUGUAUUUCCUCAGGUGUGAGUCAUCAGUUCUAUUCUUUAGAGUUGACAAAAAAGAAACCCACUCGGCAGAUGGCAGUGAAACUUCCAGUGAGUUGUCCCAGGUCACAUGGGAGAGGUCUGAGUCAGACCAAGAAACUAGGUCUCAACUCCUUGUUUGUGUUUCAUCCACUAUGCUUCUAAGCAGAACUUCUAAACAUGUCUCUCCAUCCCUGCCUUUUAAGGAUAAUAUGAUCUGCCUUAAAGUAGACUCCUUAAUUAAAGUGAAUGGAGCUCUGAAAAGUGCUGCUUCUUUAAAGCUGGCAGUGUGUUUACUCUAUAACUUUGGAAUUAUAGAAAAUUCUUAA